UGUUCCAUUGAACUGAGGAGGAUAUCGCCAACCGCUUUCUCACGCGCCACAGAGAUGAGGAUGACGUGUUUCGGACUGGUUUUGAUCUUUGAACUUUGGGGAGAGAGAGAGAGAGAUGACCGAAAAGAGGAAGAGAAGAAAGACCAGACAUUGAACGCAAAGGAACCCUAAAAAUUUUCCCGAAUAGACGGGGAUCAAAACCAUAGCUUGAUCUUGAUAGAUUCCGAUCUGAUAUCAUCUGAUGUCUCUCAACGAUUUCAAUUCAGACACGGAAACAAUUAUUAGAUUCUUCUUGCAAGAGACUGUGAAAUUCGAUGUUGGACUUGGACCUCGUUGUCAGAGAGGUUUCUUAAUGUGGAAUUGACCUUGAUUCGCAGUUUAUAACACGUAAAGGCACGAUUCUUGCGAACUGGAACAGAAACCCUAAAAAUUCAGCUCGGAUCUUGUUUCCUGGAACAUAUCUACAGACGUCGAGAACGAAACACGCAUCGGACCAAGGUUAGGUGAUUAUUGUUGUUGAAAUUGCAAGUAAAUCCCAAGAUCCAACAGAUCUGCACCUCAAUCAUGCUUUAUCAUUGUUUGAAUGUUGAACCCUUUUGAACUAACGUUAUUUGAGCCGGAAAACUGAGAAUUUGGGGUUUCUAUGGCCUAUGCUACGGCUGACUUCCACUGAUUUGUGUAGAUUACUGCAAGCUGAUCUAUUAAGGUUCUUUAAGGAGACGAAUUUGGUGUCUCUGUUAAGGACUUAAAAAAGAAAGAGUACGGGGGUCGACUGAAUAAGUUAGGAAAUUUUCUGUGACGGUGAUGCUUGUUUUGAAUCUGAAACACAAGGACUUGUCGGCUUCUACCUUUUGUGGAAGGAUUAGGGUUAUAUUGUUUGAGAUUUAAACUGGGUCGAUGAUUUUAACUUGCUUAACUCGAAACUGAGGUGGUUCUUUUGGAAUUGUUCUUCUAGGUCGGACGAACGGGGCAAAGCACCCUUGCUUACCAGUUACGGACUUACACUUCGGCUCUGUAACAUACUUCUAAAACAUGCAUGCUAGACACCGGAGUCCCGGUGGUGGGGGUAGGUCUAAUUCAAUGGGAAUGGGGCUAGCUGCCUCUCGAAUCUCGCCUGAAGGUUCAAUAAGAGGCCAUGGAAUGUACAACCCAGAAUUCAGGAACUACAAUCGCGGUUUUGGACGUGGCCCUCCUAAGUCUUAUCCACCACCACAACCACCUCGCAAGGGUGACGCUUUCAUGGAAGCUGGUCGGCUUGCAGCAGAAUAUUUAGUUUCUAAGGGGUUGCUACCUCCAAAUGUACUUCCAGGAAAGUGGCAGAAUGGCAGUUUGAAGAACCAGGUGGCUGACUUUCCUGAAUAUCGACAGCAGGACAGGGAAAACAUGCAAUUACCUCCUGAGGGCCGAAUGUCAGCACUAGCCCGUCUUGGGAAUGCUGUCCCUGAAGGUGGUUCUGGCAGGAGAAGGUUCCCUGAUGAAUUCCAUCCAACAGGAAUGAGAAGUCAUAUGAGAGGAAGAAGAAGGAUGGGUUCUUUUAGGGGUAGUUUUGGCUCUGAUUGGAGUAGAGAAAAUGGAAGAAGUGGUUCAUUUUCAGAGAGAACUAAAUCUUUUCCUGAUAUGGAGGGUGAGGAUGCUCUUAAUUCUGGAUAUCAUGAAGAGCGGUGGGCUGGCUCAGAUGUUGGUAGUGGGGUACCAAAGGUUGGCUCCAAUGAAUUGCUGCCCAAAAGUGAUUCUGCUGGUGAUGCAGAACCUGAACUGGAAAACUAUGAGUUUCCUGAUGAUACUUGUUCGAAGGUAAGUUCUUCAAGCAGUAGGAGAGAGCUCCCUCUUGAUACAGAAGGCGAAUGUUCCAAGGGAUCUGAUGAUUCUAGAAUAUUGGGUGCAGAGAGAGGAGAGGUGAAGAAUGAUACUAGUAAUGAUGAACAGGAGAAACAACACAGUGCAGAGGAAACUACUUCGCAGCACUGCUCGCUAGAUGGUGGUUCAACAAGCAAGAAUGGCAAUGAUUUGCUAAAACUAUGCAACUUUGCUAAAGUGCCCACCAAGAUUCGCUCUUCAUUGGCAUGUAAGGCCUUAAAGGUGGAACCAAAUCCCACAACUGAGGAGGGUGUAGUAUCUGAUAUUGUGAAUUCAAAAAGUCCCCAAAUUGUCAUAGAAGAAGAUUCAGUUGAAGGCGCAUCAAAUGAUGCAUUGACAAAUCAAGCUCACAGUUCAACAUGCAUAAAAUCUGACAUUCCAAGGGUCACAAGUGUGCAGUCUAUGGAGGAUACUGGAAACCUGAAUCCUGCAUUUUCUGUAGAUAGGAGUAAAUGCAUGAAGUCUCAAUCUUUCCAUGAGGGAUCUUCUUUUAUGCAUCAAGAAGAACCAGGCCAGGAUGUUGGUAACCUGAAUCCUGCAUUUUCUGUAGAUAGGAGUAAAUGCAUGAGGUCUCAAUCUUUCCACGAGGGAUCUUCUUUUACACAUCCAGAAGAACCAGGCCAGGGCCCACCUGGGUUCGGAAGGUGCAGCUCUAUGGGUAACAAGAGAGGUCAGAAAAGAAGUCUACAACAUGAUGGUAUGAGAGAAGGAGCCAAGAAACCUAGAGAAUGGUCUUCAUCAAUUGUUACACAGGCCAAUGACUACUUCCAUCUCCAUGACUCCAGAGAAAAGCAAUCAAGUACACCUGAAGAGAUUUCAUCCGAUGAUGAUGUGGUAGAGGUGGUCAAUCAAGAGAGGCUGGUUAAUGCUGUGCAACAUGAUGAUGUUAAAGAAGGAGGCAAGAAACCUAAAGAAUGGCCUCCAGCCAUUGUUACGCAGGCCAAUGAGUAUCUCCAUCUUCAUAACUUGCGAGCAAAACCAUCAAGUACGCCUGAGGAGAGUCCUUCAGCUGAUGACAAUGUGGUAGAGGUGGUCAAUCAAGAGAGGCCGGUUGAUGCUGUACAACAUGAUGAUAUGAUGGAAACUGCCAAUAAACCUAGAGAAUGGUCUUCAUCCUUUUUUAUGCAAGCAAAUGAGUACUUCCAUCUUCAUAACUUGAGAACAAAGCAAUUAGAUGAACCAGAGGUGAGACCUUCACCUGAUGAUGAUGUUGUAGAGGUGGUUAAUCAAGAGAAGCUGGUUAAUACUGAUCUUUUUCCAAAAAGUGGAGCUGGAAUGGGGAUUGAGUUUAGAGAAGAGAAGCAGCUUUUUCCGAGUUCAUUUAAGAUUUGUGACCUUAACCUCAUGGAGACCUCUGAUAUGACAGAGAAUCAUGAUGAUGAUCCAGUUCUUGGUUUUCCCUCUACCUUAGAAGGCAAAAAGGAGGUAUCAGUGGAUGUUGAUUUGUCAAUAAGCAAUAACUGCAACAGAUCUGAUGGCUACGGCCGAUGUCCAGUUAAUGCCAAAGAAGUUGCAAUAGAUGAUGUAGCAAAUGAAGCUGUGAAAGAAGAAAAUGCCCAUAACAUUUCACAGAGGGGGAUUGCAACUCUAUAUCCCAACAUGGAAAACUUUCCAAACCAUACAGAGAAUACUGGUGAUCUUCCUGAUGUACAGGACGGUUAUGGUCUCAUGAUCUCUGAGUUGCUUGGAACUGAUAUCCCAAAUUGCUCAUCAGUACCGGCAGAUAUUAGUGGGCUUCAUACUGAAAUCGGUCUUCAUAAUGGAGAGGGGAUUCUUGGCGAAGUUGAUCCGAUUUAUCUAUCUCUGGGAGAAAUACCAAUAAGUAUGCCAGAUAUUUAGUUGAAUGGUUUUCUAGGGGUCUGGGAGCAGCCUACACAAGAUUACGAUAAGCCCUUUUGAGUGGUUGUUUAUCAAGCUCUUUGACAACCUUUAUUGUGGACAAUGGUUAUCAAGUCACUGCUUAAAUCUAGCUCAGGAAAACCUAGAUGAUGUGGUAUACUUAAUUGUAGUUAUAGAUAUCUGUAUUGGAACUAUGCAUUAAAUGCCACUCUGUUUCAGCUUCAUAUAUGAUUAUCCGAUUUUCUUUCUAAUGAUUGGAAAUUAAUAUUGUUCUAAGGUUUUUUGCCUCUCAUGUAGAUGUUGAUAGAGAGAAUGUGCUGUGUUUGUUUA